GCAUGUGCAUUCACAUACUAACCAGCACACCCCUGAGCGUACUAUGUGUGUGUUGGGAGAGGGGCGAAAAAUUACAUGGUAUAAUAGAUUGCAUAAUGGCAAAUCAAACGAGCAAAAAUCUUAAACUUUGAUUAAGAAGUUAACGAUGUUUUGAAUGUUUUGCUUUUCGCCGUCUCUGCACCUUCUCGAGAGCCGAUACUCUCCGCGAAGCAUUCUCGCCCGAACACGUCCGUUGACGUGAGGCAAGUGACGCUUUGGCCAAAUGAGAAGAUGUAGACAACAUAGGCCUACAGCUAUUGAGGUCACUCGGACUGAUCGUGUCCAAUUUGGUAGGCCCAUAACAGUCAUACUGAAUUUCAGUCAUAAUUUAAUUGAACAGUGACAAUUUUAAUAUUCAGUCGAAUAGUUGAAAUAGUUAGUGAUGAGACGACGUCAUUGUGAGUGAAUCAAUGAAAUUGUAAGAGUAAAUGUAUUUUGGAUGCUGACUAUUUUGGCCGAUAUUUUGAGCAAUUACCAGGUACAUAGCAAUUCACAGUCACAACACAGCUUUGUCGGUGUGUCGUACUUAUCCCGUCGUUUACAACUUUAUGCUGCAUUCUGAUAAAUGCACAAAGACAGUUGACUUUGCUCUUCGCAAAGGUGACCCAGAUAUACUGAGGUCAUAGCUCAAAGGGCAACCAUGAAGAGAAAAGCAUCGCAGGCUCUGGGCUUUGAGCACCCAGCAAAGAUGAAGAAGGAGUCGUCUUCUGUGACGGGACUCAACUCUCUUGUGCGCAAGGAGACAACAGUGAGGCCGGCCUUAGAGCCAAUGAGGCUUCCUUCAUACAGGCAGAAGAAACCACCAGCCUGGCUCGCUUCAUAUGUCACAGGCAGCGCGUCCAAGACAAAGGAAGGCGGAGACAAAGAACCAGCACAACCAAACAAAAUGGCAACGAAGACAACGAUUAAUAAAAUAACUAAGGCUCCGGCAGCUAAAAUAACGAAAACAGCAGUAAAUGUAACAACCAAGCCCUCUGAGGAUAAAAAAUUAACUAUGCCUCGCUUCCCCACUCUUAUUCCACCAAGUAAAAUGAAGGCUGCCAAGAACGCUCAGAAUGCAGACUCCAAAACCCCGGCAGCUUCAGCUUCGGAGGAACCCGCAUCCCUCAGACGACAGUCUACUCUGAAAAUAGAGAGCCCACCACCGCAGCCAGCCAAGGCGAAGAGUGUGAAGAAAAUUAUAGCUCCUUCACCUUCGUUGACAAAGAAAGCAACAGAAAUUCUGAGCUCCUCAGACCUUGACUCUGACGAUGGCAGUAAACCUGCACUGAAAACCAAGAAAAGUUCUGUUAAGCAAAAUCAAGUUUCAUCUAAAACUUCAUCCUUAAAAGCUUCAUCCUCAAAAACUUCCAAGACAUUAUCGUUAUCAUCAUCGUCAUCAUCAUCAUCACAAAAAGCAGCUUUGCCAAAGUCAUCUUCCAAGUCCAAGCGCAAUAGUAAAGCAGUUUCCAGUAUUCGUAUGUAUGGGGUCGACGCGGUAGACUCAAGUAGCUCCAGCAUGCUGGAGAUUUGUGACACUCUUAAUGGUGGACCCACCACGUCAGACUCUGGAGUAUCCAAAAAUGUGCCUUCUUUAUCUGCCGGCGCUGGUGCGGAAGAACCGCCGAACAUGCUGGAGGUAGUGAUCUGUAUCAGUACCUCUGGGGCUCUGAGGGAACACCUCUCCGUCCUCCAGGACCACGUUCGGGAGACGGUGUGGCGUCUGCAGUCACUCAUCCCAAACCUGCGCAUCGGCGUGAUGGCUCACACACAGGGCGGUAUCCAUGACGACAAGCCAGAGGGCGGCCGGAGCCCGAGCGACCACAACUACAUCCGCACGGGGGGUCACAGCGGCACAAAGUGGCUGGACCUGGGCGCUACCCUCUCGCAGAUCUGUGCUUUUGUUGACAGCUUAGAGCCGGAGGCGACCAUCUACCCGGACUACGUCCAGGACAAUCUGGAGAUGGCGCUGUGGAAGCUGCAGCGCUGCAUGAGCUGGUCGUCAUGCAGCUACCGCACGGUCAUCAUGGUGGGCCGCGGCCGCCCCAACCGGACCAGCUUCUACCUGCAGCGGGAACACUGGCGGGGCUGGAUCCGCUCGGCGCUCGAGCUCACCCCACGGCAGGAGAUUCCGGUCAUCGACUGGGAGCUGGAGGCGAAGAUGUUGGCUCAGAUGGGCAUCCAUGUGUUCACAAUCCAGGCCGUCUCCCCAAAGACAUCAACGACGACGACAACGGACGAGGAUGAUGACGAGGGCACGACGUUCUUCCGCCGUGUGGCCCAGCUGACCGGGGCCCAGCACAUUGCCAUAACAGACGCCUCGGCGCUCAUGGACAUUGUCGUGGGCAUCUGUUGCUCGUGCCAGGGACCAGAUCUGCUGCAGGAUCACAGAGACCAGGUGCGGGACGAGAACGACGGUGUGCUGCCCCUCCAGCUCAAGGACGUGUUUGUCUCCCUGCAGCUGCACAGCAAGCGCUGGUCUCUCUCCGCCCUGCCUGCCGGGGGCCUGAGCAAGCUCAAGCUUUUGCCGACCAUAAAGGAGAAACUCAAGGCCAAUGGGGGAGAGGGGAUGGCGGCGGGGGACAGCUCCGAGGGUGAGAUGGAGGAGAACGAUGUUAAGCCAGGGGGGUUUACUCAGAUCAAGGCGGAGGUGAACGGUUCGAAGAAGACUGCUAAACCGAAGAAUAGUAAAAACGCCACUGCCGCCAUUUCAAAGAAAAACCUUGCUGCGAACGGAGAAAAGAAAGAAAGGAUAAGAAAUACAAAGAUAAAGCAAAAAGCGUCCUCUGAGAAACCGGCUGGAGUCAGAAAAGGUGGAGUGCAAAAAGCUACCACGAAAACCUCUGUGAAAAGCAAGGCCAUCAUUAAGAAAGCCGUGGUUGACUCAGUUAAGAAGGGGCGAGGUCGACCCCCAAUUAAUGGGAAGACCCCGACUGGGAAAGGCCGCCCAGCGAAUGUCGUAGCAUCAGGGAAACGAGGAAAACAGCAAGAAACUAGUUCACAGAAGGUGAAGAUUGGGAAAACGAAAGCUGUGGUAUCAUCGUCAGUCUCUGCGAAGUUGAAGGCUGUUUCACAAACUCCGAAGCAGAAGCCUAAGUCCGCUGCGAGUAAGAAGGUGGUUAAAAAGGUGGUCGGUGCUGUCGCAAAGAAAAACCAACCAAGUCCAGCGGUGGGGAAUUCCAAGAAAGGUAAUUCAGCCACUGACAAAAGUUCCAAAAAGUCUGAAGACAAAGCUGAAAGAAAACCAGUAAAAACCCCAGCUAAAUCAAAACCUGCGAAAACUUCGGUGAACUCUAAACCUGCUAAAACUCCAGUUAAAUCAACACCAGCCAAGACCGCGGUCAAAUCUAAGCCAGUUACUCAGAGCGGGAACGUCAAAACGAAAUCGUUGACCAAGAGUCAAGCCGGCAAAAGGAAUCUCAAAGUGAAGGAAAAGCUGGUCAAGCUGGCCAGUAAGACGAUGACCAGGCGCAAACUUGACCCGAAGAAGAAAUAGAGCCCUUGGUUGUUUAGUAGCCUUGUGUUGCCCUAGUGUUGGUGGUGAAUGCACCGGCCUCCUAAAUGAUCUAAACUGUGUCGUUGGCGGUGUGGAACAUUUACAAUUACAAUAUAUUGGUGACCAUGCCAACUGUUUAUGUCAAUGGUGAGCAGAGGUGAUGAUUGUGUCAUUGGUGAUUGUACUUGAUGAUUGAGUUAGUGGUGAUGAGUGUGUCUUAGAUGAAGGUACCCGUCUGUGGUGAUGCUUGUGUCGUUGGUGAUGGUACUUGAUGAUUGUGUCUGUGGUGAUUGUACUUGGUAAUAUGUUUGUGGUGAUGGUACCUGAUGAUUGUGUGAGAAGUGAUGGUUGUGUCUUAGGUGACGGUACUUGUUGAUUGUGUCUGUGGUGAUGAUUGUGUCAGUAGUGAGGGUUGUGUCGUUGGUGGCGGUACCCGAUGAUUGUGUCUUUGAUGAGCCUGCCUGAUGAUUGUGUCUGUGGUUACAAACAAACAAGCAAAAUCGACUCGGUCAGUUCAUGAAUGGAUGAAAUAUAACAGCCUCAACAUGCUGGGUUUAGAAAAGUCCACUUAUCUUUUUGAGAUUUAGAAAUAUUUACCUGUAGAGAUUUAGAAAUGUUUACAUGUUGGUAUUUAAAAAUGUUUAUAGAUGUGAUUUAAUUUGUAUGCCUUUUCAUAAAGAUUUUUAAUGUUCUUUGUCAAAGAAACUUUUUUGUUUUAUUCUUUGUUUAAGCAGCUACGUGAAAGGUUUAGAUGUAAAUAUAUUUUUUGUGAAUUUUGUCUGAAGAUCACAAUUGAAAAACGGUCAAAAUCUCACUUUAAGGUUAGGGAAUUAGAAAAAUGAAUUAAGAUUUUAAAGUUCCAAGCAUGUGCUGCUUUAGUCAUUUUUCUAUUGUACCCUCUUUUAUUAAGGGACUCUGACUCAGAACUGAGCUAGUUAUUUGAUUUGACAGGGUUUUUUUUUAAGGUAAACUACAUUGGAAUCCACUUAAAACAGUCCAUGUUAUAUCUGAUAAGUGGUAAAUUGAAAAGAAAAACAAAUCCUCUAGAUUUUUUUCCCGCAGUUUGAAUGAUCUGGUUCAACAGAAAGCACGGCCGAGCUGAAAAAAAAUCUGGUUGUCUCGCAGACUUCGGUUUAAGAGGACUCCUGUCUUGGAGUAGCCCAUGCACUCAUCAAGGCAAUAAUCUUGAUUUUGAGACUUUGAUUGUUUUUCCAUUGGGGUUUUUAACUUACUGCCAGUCUUAUUUUUUUCUGGGCUUUGAGUGGGAUGGUAAUCAUAUCCAGUAUCGGCGAAUCAUCAUAGGCUAUCCAACCUAUUAAAAGGUGAUGAGGACUUGUACAGUAUUUAUCUCCUCCCUGGUUACCUGUUUUGGUUUUUUUAGCUUGAUGUUUGGAUUUGUUUUAGAAAAAGUUUUAAUUUAGAGUGACAAGAAGUAUAUUGUGUGCUACCAUGAAUUAGUGCAGGGAAAUCCCACAGCAUUCGGCAUUCGAAUGGCUUUGCUGCACUUUGAAUAGCUAUGAAUAACGGAACUGGGGACCAGAUAAAAUGUUUCGGAUGAAAGCCUGCUUCCGGUAUAAUCUGAAUUGUGUCAAGGGGUGCAUAAAACAUUUUACAAUAAUUAUAAUUAUUACUUAUUACAAUACAAGCCUUGCUCAGCUUUGCCAGUGUUCAGGGACAUAUAAUUUUCUUAUGUCUCGGAGAUUUCCUCAAUUGCCAUUCAGUGAAAUGUGUGCCUGCCCAAGUUUUGUAUGAUUUUUUUUUCAUUUAUUGUUUUUAGCUAAUCAUUUUCCCUCAUGGAAAGCUACCAUGCAUGAUUCUGGUUUUAUCUGUUUCAGUGUAUAAAGUUUAUUUGUAUGUCUGGUAUGUUGAUGUUAUGUUAGUUGUUUUGUUUGGGGUUUUUUGCUUGAUUGUACUUGAUUUGUUUUAGGAGUAGAAAAAUGUUAUGCCAUGUACAUUUUUAUUUUAAAAAUAUUUUUAAAGCAUUUGCUACCCCAAAAUGUACUUUUCGGUAUGAAUAUAUAUAUAUUUAAGAGUGCUGGUGUAAUAUUUUCUUAGAUAAAACAAACAUCUUCCCUGUGCGCGUCUCAAUGCUCAUGCUCCAGAGGUCUUUGGCUUUGCAUUUGGCGCCGAUCAUUGAUUGAUUGGACAUGUUUUGCUUCCCCCAACAAUACAAUGGAGAUAAUUUAAUCAACUCAUUCAGUGCUACAGACGAGAAUACUCGUGAAACCUGGGCCCCGCCCACAUACUAGCAACGAGUAUCCACGCAUUCUGCCUCGCUAUCUUUAUAGAAAGAAUUACUCGGGUAAUCCAUACCAAGUUAUUUGAACUAAUCAUUAUGAGAGUGGUUAAGGAGACAUUUUCUGCUCGAACAGUCAUUGAGCCCACUAGUUUUGAUUGAUUUUCCUGGGUGGACCUAAUUUCAUGUUGCCAUAAAUAAUAAAAUGGCCCAGUAUGUGAGGGGAGUUCACUGCUGGAGCGCUCAGCACUGAAUGAGUUGAAGAGGCAGGCUGCUUCUACUCUGCCUAUUGGGGCCACGUCUGGCUGGGUUGGAUACAUCGUUCCAACAGACAGAGGACGGUACUCGGUAGAUUAUCUUCCUUACUUUGGAAUGGGAUUCACGUCUUCUCUGUGUGCAACAUUGAGGAGCCUGGCCAUUUUACCAAAGAUGCUGGUGAUAGAGUGUGGAUAUUGUGAGGCUUGAAUGGGGUGCGA